UCCGACACAACUGAAACUGACCUUGUGUAGCCGCAUAUGUGUAGCAUAAAUUAUUUGUCAGAGUCUGGAGGGCAUCAGAGCCAAGGUUGUUUUCAACAUGCCGGAAAGUGUUAUGUGUCGGCCGGCUCGUUCCCUUGAUGCCAGCGUGACUGCAUACAUAAAAGUCGAAGUCGGUAGGAUGGCAGAUCCCCUAGUCAACAACAGUGUCUGGAUCAACAUUUCGUCCACGAUUGAAGCCCUCGCAACAUUUUGUGAAGGAAGCAGAGGUUGGGCAUCAUUACAUCCGACAAUGGCUGAAAAGAAAGAGGUGAAGCACAAGGGAGCAUGCGGUAAUGUGAAAAUCAUUGAGACCGAUAUGUUGGAACUGACGAAUCAUCAAAAGACCAGUGAAGAUGAAGAGGAGGAAGACGAGGAGGAGGAGGAAGAGGAUGAAGAGGAUAAAGAGGGGGAGAGGAAUCAGGAUGGAAUGCUGGAGGACGAGGAGGAUGAAAGUGAGGAUGAAGAGGAGGAUGAAGAGGAGGAUGACGUUGAGAUGACGGCACCGGAGGAGGGGCAAAGGGAUGAAGAUGAUAAGGGUGAGGAAGAGGAUACGGAGGAAGAAGGAGAGGAAAAGGAAGAGGAGGGAGAGAGGGGCAAAGAGGAGGACAAAGAGAAGGACAGAGAGGACGACAGAGCGGAGGACAGAGAGGAGAACAGAGAAGAGGGUGAUCUGAGUAGAUAAGGAGCAGCGUGCCCAGCGAGUCCCUCUGAACAGGCGGUGAAAAUGUCGGCAGCUGUUUUGCGUGAUUUCUGCAAGUUUAGUCAACUGAAGCCUGCACUCGGAAACAGAGGAGUCAAAGAACGGACGAUCUCUAGACGAUCUCGUGAUGUCCCCUUGAACGAUUUGGGCCCCUAUAGCGGUGGGUGCCGACUUAAAGCUAAGUCGAUUUAUAGUCCUAUAAAUCAAUGUUGCWAAACAGA